AGGUAAUAUCCGGUUCUGGCCCUUGGAAAGGCGUUUUGAAACUGCGAUUGUGCUGAAAUAAUUUUACAUUUGACAAAUUUGAUAUAAUUUCGUGAUGAUUCUAUUAUCAUCCCUUUACCGUACUUUGGUUGCCAUUGGUGAUAGGCACGUACCCACAAAGUUUCUGUCACUAUGGCAUCACCCAGCAGGUUAUUGCUACUUAUUAACAGUUUCUUAGUUUGACUCUCUUGACUCAUGAACAUUGAAACUGAAUAUUGACAAUCAAGCCCAGAGUUGUUGUAGAUACUUUGGUCAAAAAUGUAAACAUUUUUUAAAAAUAAACCAAUGGCACAGUUGAAUAGAGCUAAUUUUAAACAUAAUUAUAACACCAAAAUCAUAUUUUUAGCUGUUGUAGUUUUAAAGUUAUGAAUUUUUAAAGUACGACUUGGUUUGUCAUUUUUUAACAUGGACUGCAUCUCCACAUUCUGUGACCUCAUUCCACUGAUCGCGUCAUGCGCAAUGACUAUAUAGUUUAUAUAAGGCAAUGCAUUCCCUUAUCACUAAAAUACUGUUUAGGGUCGACUUAUUUUAAACUUUCAACUUUGGCACAUGAAUAAUUAAUAAAAGCUUUCCCUGACCAAUGGUUUAAUAGCUUUUGCACACGGCAAACUCUUAUGAAUGAAACUCUGAGAUAGUACUACGAUGUAGCCGUUAUGCAAGUGGCUGUGAAUGGUUGCCAAUGACAACGUGUUGCACACGGAAAAUUCUGAUCAUUUAUAUUAUGGACUCUGCAGGGUUUUUAAAGCUCAAAUUAAAACAUUUCCAGUUUAAAUGUCUUCAAAAUGCAUUCUGAAACACAAAAUAUAAAAUAUUUUGAUGUAUAUAGUGGUAAUAAUUAAAUAUUUCCUAAGUAUCGGCAACUUCCGCCAUUAAAAAGGGGGCGUGGCCCAAGCCAUGUCGAAAUUAGGCUGAGCCACCUAAUGGUGAUAUGGGUCACUGUGACAAGUGUAACAAACGUGGGACACGACCUACAUCAAUGAAACUUGGCACAGAUAUAGAUCAAUAUCUAAUGCUCAUACAGAUUUAAUAAAAAAGGACCUUAUCUUAUUAUUUCACAAAAAAUUUUGUAUGCGAAGAUGCCUUAUAUAUACCAAAGAUUUUCAAAAUAAAGGUCGAUUGAAAAAAGCAAAAUAGCUUGCUAGAAAUGUAGGCCAAGAUGUCUUCCAAAUUAUAAGGCUGGAAACGGAACUCAAAUAUAUGUGGAAAGAACUAAUUUAAUAAUAAAUAGACACACACAUCGGAAAAUUAAAAACUCGGAUUUUUCGGCGCCGAUGCCCAUUUCCGAUACAAAAAAAAUAGUAGUCUCCCUUCUUUCAUCAAAGUAUCUAGUUGUUGGUAGACAGAAAGUUGUUGUAGAGUUGAAUUGAUUAGAUACAAUUCUUUUAUCUAUCCAAAUAAAUGGGAAUGUUUAUACUAUUAUGCUUGUUUACAUCAUCUCCACGAAAAUGAUUGCGGGACAUGAACUCAUGCAAAUAUGAAGGGAAAAUAUUGCAGUUUGCUUGCCCAACUCAUGCCAACUGUCUUUUCAGUUUGCUAUUAUGUGCAUCAUCCACAUAUUUUCAACAGUCUGUGUGUAGACAUCAUUAUAAUUAUAUUAUGUUUUUUUUAAAAGACCAUACACUAGGGUGACCAAAUCAUGAUUUGGAAAAAGGACGGUUGUUGUUUGUUGUUGUUUUUUUGGGCGGUUGAUUGGGGGAGGGGGGAGAAUACCCUCCAGUUAAAGAAGGGUCAGGGGGCCUCGGCUGGGAACUGUUAAUUGAAAUAUGCUCAUUUUAACUAUGAAAUCUAACCUAGAAAUUUGGGGCACUCAGUCUUUUCCUUUGUUUCACUGAUGUGAUGUGUUGUUUUAUGUCUGAACGUCCACCAUGACCAACACUAAAAACAUUAUUUCGUAUUGCAAACUCUGCACUCGGCCUCACUUUCAUAGCGUCCCUUUUUAAUAUACCCGUAGUUCCACUCUUUGGACUACUCAUCCAUAACCAUACAUUGACGCUUGGGCAUAUUAUUGUGUUUACAUGAGAAGAUAAUAUAAAAUUAAAGAAUAAAGUUCAACACCCAAAACAAACAGGCCGGUAGGGAUCACACAUAAGACUAACACAUUACACGUAGCGGUCGUAGAAUCAAAAUUGUUUUCUGCACAGUUACAUCCUCCUCCCCCUGCGGCUUCAAGUCUCGUGUCUUUCGCUAUACAUUAACAUAUAAUAAGAUCUAUGGCAGGGACUCUAUGGUGGAGAGGGAACGGUGCAGCCAUCACGCGAGCCAAAAUAUUAUUUGAAUUUAUAUUAUAAAUUAGGAAGUUUUAGUGAUUAGAAAAUGUGUUUGGUUAAAAAAAAUGGGGCAUUUAGGCGUCCCGAGAGACUUUUUUGGGACGAUUGUGAAAAACAGGACAUCUCGUUAGUCAAUAAGUCUCCAAUAAUGAUUUUGCUGAUUUUUGUUAAUUUUUUUUUAAAGCUAGGAAAUUUAUUUAAGUAAGUUUAAUUUAUAAUAAACGUUUGAAUUUUCCUUCUUAUUAAUUUUAUUAUCUUAUUUCUAUAUUUUAGAACAAAUGUUAAAUACUAUAACAAUUAGAAAUAGCUAGUAAUUCAUAUAAUUCUAUGGCUUAUUUCUUCAACCUCCUUUAUUUAGAAGAAAAUUAUAUGCCUAAUGGUAAGUUUUCUUUUUCAGGACCUAAAACUAUUCACUUCUGGGCCCCAGGAGCAAAAUGGGUAUGAUUGUGUGAUCAUUAAUUGUAAACUUAUUUAUACUUUAAUAAUAAAAAGACUAAUAUUACUAAUAAUUCAUUGUGUAAUUAAAUUCAAUUUUGGUUUUCACUUUUCUUCCUACAACUUGUAACAAAAUUCUGUACAUUUCUCAACAGGCCUUAGUAAUUGCUGGUAUUGGAGAUCUGAGCCGACCUGCAGAGAAACUCAGCAUAUCUCAAUCAUCAGCUCUAGCUGCAACAGGUAGAUCUUAAAUGACUACAUGAAUACACAUAUAUUUAUGUAAUUUUUCAUAUUUUAGCAUAACUUAAAGAUUAUUCCAGGAAUCAUCUUUCAAAAUUGUCUGUUACUUGUUUGUUUUUAGAGUAUAUGACUUUUCAACAUUGAGUGAGGUUUAAGCAUAUGCAAAUCAAUAUUAAAAACUAAAAUUUUCACAUAUGAAGUCUAAAUGGGAACUCUCUAAUGUAAAUAAAAAUGUUUUUAUUUGCAGGUACAAUUUGGUCACGAUAUUCCCUUGUGAUUACACCUAGAAAUUUGAGCUUGUUUACAGUAAACCUUUUUGUUGGAUUAACUGGAUUUAUUCAGUUGGGAAGAGCCCUUCUGUAAGUACAUACAAUUUUGAUCUAAAGAGAAAGUGUACCUGGUGGAUUAAAUUGGUAGUUAUGUUAUAUGAAACUUGUAAGAUGUAAGUUAAUAAAUGUUCCAUUUCAAAUAAUCUGUUCAGGCAAUUAAGAAUUCCUAAUUUAUUGGAGGAUUAAGAAUGUUAAUUUGUCCUUAAGUGUUUAAAUUAUCAAAACUUUAGCAUUAUAAAUAAAUAAUAGGCUGGUCCACUGCUCCAGAAACUCGUCCCUUUCCCCCAUAGACAGCGACGAGGCCAUGACAGGCAGUUCCGGCUCAUGCCAGUGAGAAGCCAGUAUAGGAACUGCUCAUUCCUGCCAAAGACAAUUAGGGACUGGAACAAGCUUUCAAAGGGAACAGUUGAGGCGACAAUACUUGACACAUUUGCGUCUAUUGCCUCAUGCCUUCCAACCCCCAGUGUACGACACCCUCACAAAGUAGCCCUUGCAUCCAGUGAAAUAUUCUCAUCAGCACCAGGCACAGAAACAUUGCAAAUCCCCUCUACAUGCAUAGGAGCCAAAAUGAUCAAUAAAUUGAUCAUGGGCCCUUUAUAUAUAGAAGAAGAACAAAUAGGGCAAAGGUUGUCAAUGUAGUACCUAAUUAAAUAGAAACAAGAGUUGAUUAAAUUUUCUUUUCAGUUACAUUGCCCAAUUAUUCAAUGAAAUGUACUAAAAAUCCAGCUUUAUCUCCCUUAUAACUUUAAAUCUGUUGUUACCCGGUACUAACAAUUAGAAAAUCAUGCGUUAUAAACUGGUUUUCUAACAAAUGGAGAAUUAUUUUUUUGAAUAUCAUAUUUGACUAUUUGGUAACAUAAAGUGAUCAAGGUCAAAUCAAUUAUUGUGGUGUAGUGUGAUAUCUUGUGCUCUGGGGGUGAAGGAUCUAGUGAUGACUAAUGAACAAUUAUAAAAGAACACAAACUUAGCCUUUAGGUUAAUAAUGAAGUAACUGAAUAUCAGUACUUUUUAUUUCAGGUACAAACACAAUAAAAAACAAGCACUAGUACCAACUAAAGAAGUUUCUACUCCUUGAACAGAAAUUGGCUGUGCAAGUCUUCAAUCAGUCUGAAAUCAUUUUUAUUUUAUCAUUCCUAGUUUAAUGCACUCAGGGGCCCUACAUUCUUUUUAAAUUAUUGCUUUGUAGAGAUGUUUUUAAUUUUUACAAUUUUGUUGACUUGAGUGUGACUAUCAAAAUCAAGCAUGAGUUAAAAUUAAGUGGCUUUUUUUUUUUUUUUUAAACAGAUCUUUUUAUCUGAUCUAAGUCAAAAACUUACUUAUUUUGAAAAGUGCAAUUACACACAUUCAUGUAGAAAUAAAUAUUGACAUUGUCUUUCAUGAGACAUUUCAAUUUUAUCGGCCAGUUGUUGGUGUGAUUAAUUCAUUAAAGUCAUAUCGUGUGUCAGUGUGUGAUGCACGGAUGUGAGACUUUAAUAAAGAAAAUAUGUUACUCAACAGUUUGUUAAAUCUAUCAGUAAGAUGAUUGAAGACUUUUUUUUUGUUGAAACUUUAUUCUACCCUUUAAAUCUUCUGAUCUCAUUAAAAACCAUUUCAUUUGUAUUUACGGAAAUCACCUUGCUACUAAACUACUAAUCGACCAUUGAAUAUUAGAUAGGUCAAACUAAACUUUGAAAUACUCUGUUAACUUAAAACAUUUUGUUUAGAAAUAUUAUGAAUGUAAACAUGUGCCCUUGACACCUUUUUUUUUCCUUCUCUUUUUUGUUGUUGUUACUUUACAAAGAGUUUAAAAGAUUAUUUGAUAUUACUGCCCAUGCUGAAAAUAAUAUUGCCUUAUGUCUGAUCUGGUCCGAUCCACCUAUUUAUUUUGUCUUGGAAUACUCUUUAUUUUGUCUUGGAAUACUCUUUAUUUUGUCUUGGAAUACUCUUUAUUUUGUCUUGGAAU